CGGUGCAGGCACACACAGCAGCGCACGAGAGGCUGAGGUCACUCUGGUCGAUCAUCAUGGUGUUCCUCACGCUGUCCUGCUGGACCCGGAACCGCGGACCGGACCGGUACUGGAGAGUCCAGGAGCUGCUGAAGAGCGCGCGGCAUUUCCGCGGCAGGAAGAACCGCUGCUACAGUCUGGCGGUGCGCGCCGUCCGCAGGGCGUUCAUCUACGCCAGUAAAGCUCGGAAGGCCAAGCGACGCAGCAUGAGGCAGCUCUGGAUCCAGCGGUUGGCCGCGGCUAGCAGAGAGCAGCACAUGAAGUACCCCGCGCUCAUACACAACCUGCUGAAGUGCAGCGUGGAGCUGAACAGACGUGUGCUGUGUGACCUGUCCAUCACCGAGCCGCGCUCCUUCCAGGCGCUGACCGCUCUGGCCCACGCGCGCCGGACCGAGGGCCUCAGAGCCGCGCUGGGGGAGGGGGCGGAGCCACCCGGCGUCUUCUCUCGCAUCACACAGCUGCAGGGAAUCAGCCAAUCACAGCGCAGCUGAUCAUGUGCCCUGCUGACCUCUGUCUGGAUCUGUUCCUGUAAAUAAGUGUCAUUUGUGUGUGUUCAUCAACAUCAUUAAAGCCUUUUCCUGUUUAA